CCAAGUGCAGAGCUUACAUUUAACUCUUGAGACCUUCGCGCUUGUUUGUUUGGUGAAAUGGUUGUUGUGGUCAAACCGAGUCCUCAGGUGGGCAGCAAAGCGAUGGAUGGAAAUCAGCACAAAGUGGAGGCGAAUAUUCUGCUACUUGGAGCAGAAAAUGUCGGGAAGUCAGCCCUUACCGUGCGGUUUCUCACCAGAAGAUUCAUAGGAGAAUAUGGUGAUAUUGAAUCAAUAUACAGUCAUAUCGACAAAACGGAUGGACGUGAGAUAUCCUUAAACAUUUGGGACUCACUGUAUCCUCAGAGCUGCGAAACGACCGAAUCCAUCAGUGACAAGCAGCUCCAGUGGGCCGACGGUGUGAUCCUGGUCUACAGCAUCUGCGACCACUCCAGCUUUGAGGUGGUCCGACAACAGGUGCAGCUCAUCCGCCAAACCAGAAAGCUCUCCGCAUCUGUACCCAUCAUCAUCGUAGGAAACAAGCGAGAUCUGCUCCAUCAGAGAGCCGUCCCGAGCGAGGAGGGCCGUCUGUUUGCCCUGUCUGCAGACUGCGGCUUCUUCGAGAUCUCAGCCGCUGAAACCUACCACGGGGUCCUUCUGGUCUUUCACGAAAUCCUGGACCUCAUCAAGGAGUCCAAAGCAAUAAAAAAGGGCAUGGUGGGAAUCAAGGGCAUCGUCAGAAGUGUUUCUGCCGUGUUUGGAAAGAAGCGCGAGUAGAAAACUGAGGGCAAAUUGGUGAUCAUGAUGACCAUAUGGGGCCCCUGGCAGCCUAGCAUCUAAAUAGCUGAGAAGUGGUCCCCCGGCUAAAGGGUUUUUUGGGCUUGAAGGGGGUCAUUUCAACCCAAGUAGCCUACAUGGAUGAUGGAGAGAAGAAUAAUAAGCAUGUUAAAAGUUCAGAGCUAAGCUUAAAGAUGAAGGAAAGUAGAUUGAGUUUGUUUGAGGAAGGUGAUAAAGGAAGUCCUUGUAAGUGAUCCUGGGCUUUAAUUUAAGUUGGUCACAGGGUAUGGAUAUUAAAUUGAAAUGAAAACUGCGUUUACACUAGUAGGUUUUUGUUUUAAAAUUGCAUUUUAGAGUGAAAACCUCCUUUUUUACUGCGUUGUUUUACCACAUUUUACAAAUGUUGGGUUCCACACAAUUGAUUUGUGUCAGGACAACAUGAAGGAAUUGAGUUAGCUUAUUAGUUUUUACAAAUUUAAGAGGAUUGAACAUAAAACUAUUAAGUUGUCUCAAAAAACUUCAAGAAUUGUGUUGUUUCAGCUCAUUUUAAAUGCGUUGCUUGAACAAACAGCAAACAUAAAUAUUUGAGUGUACACUGUAAAACCCAACAGUCAACUUUAUUAAAUGAAAUGAGUGUAGUUAACUUAAAAUUAAUUCUACUCAUUUGAAAAGAGUUUUGAACUCAGUGUUGAAGGUAAUGAGUUAGUUUAAUACCUCAUUACUUCAACUUAAAUGCAGUAAGUUCACAGUACUCAUAUAGAUUAGUUUUUUACUCAUAUGGUUUGUAGCAAUCGGUUUCCUCAAACGGUUUGAGUUGCCUUAACUUAUUGGGUUUUACAGUGUAGAAAACAAUCUCCAUCCAUAACUAUGCAGCUCAAAGUGCUUGACACAUGAUCAUUCAUGCUAACUGGGCAUGCUCCUGUUUUGUCAACAUUCAUAUUUGCCGUCUACAAUUGCUUAAUGGUCAUAUGAGAAGGGUUUGAAGAAACACAAUAUACAAUAGCGACUGUGGAUAGCCUGGUCUGCGUUUUAGUUCACCUACUGAAAUGGAACCAGCUUUUCCAGACUAAAAUGCAGUCAAAAUACUCAAUUUUUGUGGGUCAAAGAUUAAGGCGCAGUGUGGACGCCGCGUGUAACAAGAUAUAACAAAACUAAUCUUAUUUUUAGUUUUAAAACGAAAACACUAGUGUAAACGGCACAGUGUGACAUUGCAUUAGUGCAUGUCCACUUUUCAGCAGAGGUGGUUCUGGAGUAUUUUCCUUAAGCAUAGGCCUCAAACUGGAUUCCUGGAGAGCCGCAGCUCUGCACAGUUUUGCUGCAACCCUAAUCAAACAGCUCAAAUGAGUCUUGAACACCUUGAUUAAUUGGAUCAACUGUGUUUGAUUAGGGUUGGAGCAAAACUUUGCAGAGCUGCGGCCCUCCAGGAAUCAAGUUUGAGACCUAUGUCCUUAAGCAUUAUAGUCAUAAACUAAAAUAUCCAGCAACGCGGUGAAUUACAAACUCUGACUUGAAGCAAAUACAGAUAGAUGAAAAUGACAAGGACUACAUACUCUGUAAGAACUACAAUCCCAUGAUGCAUUGCAAAUCAAACACAUUCCUUUUUUUUUAAUUAAGCUGUUGGUUGUAUCAAUAGAUUGGCAAGUAUUUUGAGAGGGUGCUAGGACAAUUCCACAUUUAUAGUGUUUCAUUGCAGUGGCUGUGACUUUUGCUUGCUGCUACUUGCUGAUUGGUGGAAUUUUCUGUACAGCAUUAUGGAUAAUGUAGUUUUUUUUUGGUUUUGUACGAAUUCUGUUAUUUAGCUUGGUUGUUUUAAUGCAAGCAGAUUUCAACAUAUGACUUAUUAACCGUCCAUUAAUAGCUGUGUUCAAAGUUGAUCAGUUACUGUGGAAAAAAUGAAGUUCCAGAAACCAUCAGUACUCAACUGUAGUCCUCGUUAAGAAUAGACUUUUAUUUCUGAAAAUAUGGUCAAGGAAUUUAAUGAGCUGGAUCUCAAUUUCCUUAAAUACACAGAUGGACUUUAUUUUUAUGAGUCUCUACUGACAUUUUAGUUUUGAAUGAAUAAAUGUAGUGACUCUGUAGUAAACUGUAUAUUAUAUUUUAUGUACAUAUUGUAAUUUACUAAAGGUUUCUUUAAGGUUGUGCUAGUAUUCAUGUUACUCACAUGGGCACAUUCAUACCAAGGAGGAUCCAUGUAACUGUAAUAAUUCUAUGGGGAUACCAACAUCCAGAACACAAUUAUAACAAUGAUGCAGACAUUCAGAAUCCACUUUAAAGAGCUUGAACAUUCAGAGUGGCAGAAUGCUGUUGACUUUUGUUCUAGUUAAUUUUAAAGUUAUCAUCAUGAAAAUCAUCUUGGUGUGAACAAGCCUGCAGUACUGAAGAGUGAGAUAUUAAUAGUGUACAUGUUAUCGCCUUGUACAUACUUUAUACUGUAUAAUACACUUUUUUUGCGGAUGUGUUUAUAUUGAAUGUACUUCAAUUAUCGAUGUCAAUAAAGAAAAAAAAAAAACA